AUGCCCUCCGAGUCUGAAGCUGAAGAAGAAGAAGAGGAAGAGGAUGAAGAUUAUUCUAAACAGCAGUACCCUUCGGCGGACGAUAAGUAUAAGAAUCUAGAGGACCGGCUGGCAGCCAUGGAGGUACAAAGGGUACCCAGGUUCAUUAGUAAUCUUGUUGAUAUAGAGGAUCGUUUGGAUGUUGAAAUCUAUGACCCUCUUUUGGGUUCUUGGGAUUUAGCUCCUCCUCUUCCUGCUGAUUUCAGAUCUGGAAACUCUUCAUCUUCACUCUUCUCAGCUUUGUUCGAAGGGAAGUUCUAUGUUUUUGGGAUAUAUUCAUGUUUUGUUUCUUCCUUUGAUUUGAAACUCGGUGUUAGGAGUGAUGUUAGGGUUGUUAGGCCUUCUGGGGUUGUGUUUUCUUUCUUGAUUUCUUGUAGGGAAAGUCUUGUUUUGGCUGGGGUUUGUAAUUCCUCAAGUGGGUCUAGCUUCACUUUGUGGGAGGUUGAUGAGAUGAGUAUGGAGAUUUGUGAGAUUUCUGUUAUGCCUCAUGAUUUUCUUUGUGGUUUAUUUGAUGGUGAUGAGGAUGAUAGAUUUUCUAGCUUGAAGUGUGUUGGAUUGGGUGAUCUUAUAUAUGUUUUCAAUGAGGAUUAUCAUAGGAUGUACCCGACUUGUGUUUGCGAGAUUCGCCGGUGUCAUGGCGGGGAGAAGAGUGUUUCAUUGUAUAGCAUUCUGGGUGAAGGUCAACACCAUGGACUUCAUUGA